GCAUAAAAUUUUUAUUUUGUUCAAUGAUGCCUGCUGCUGUUAAUUGAAUUAUAUAUUUCAUCAAUAAUGAUUUAAAUAUUUUUUGUUAUGCAAGAGCAAUUGUGGGUUGUAAAUUGUAAUGCUGUUUUUUUUACUAUUAACUAUUAGUUCCGGUGCAUAUUAUUAUUGUGUUAUGUCAUUUUGCAUGGUAUGCAUGUACUUACAUGCUACUGGAAUACGAUUGGAUAAGUUACAGUUGCAACAGGAAACGAUGUCUUUUUACAAGAUGCAUGUAUGUGUACAUGACAUGUAGUGUUGGUAAUUAGGUAUAUAAGAGCCGAGGGUAAAGUUACCUCAAAACAAGCAGAAGAAAAGCAAAAAUCGAAACUUCAAAAUAAUUACUACUCAAUAAAAAACUUAAGAUGAAGCUUGGAUUUGGAUUUAUAGCCAUUUUCUUCAUUUGCACUUAUUCUAUUUUCCAAACAAAGACAGUAGCAUCUCCAAUUGCAAAUAAACUGCCUCUACGACUCCUUUCUAUUUUAAGAAUAGCCGGGAGAACCAUCAUACAUGAUAUAGAUCCGCCAGGUGUUAAGAUUUCAGACAAGGUUCCUUAUAUAUCCUUAUCUAAUAUUCAAUUGGAUAUAAAUGACUCCUUGGUUGACCCCAUUACUGAUUUGUUUACGGAAAAAUUAUUGUGUGAUUAUCUGAAGGAGGAAAAUCCUGAUCACAACUGUCAAGAUCAUUCUGAGAUAAGGAGGAAUAAGCACAUAGUGGACAUUCGUGAUCAAGCCAGAUCACUCUCUGAGUCAGAGUAUUUGCAAUGUAAUGGAGGCAUCUGUGGAUCUCUCUGUACACUGGGUUACCCACAGUUUGUUAAUGAUCUAUUAGAUUUAUCAUGUUAGAACAUGAAAAAAAUAAACAUCAUUAUAAUGAACUAUUUUAGUUAUUUUAAUAUCAUAUAAUUACGUGAGUUUGAGAUAAAUUGAAACAACCAAUA